AUGCCGUCCUCCAUCUCGGACAGCGAGCUCAAAGACUCGCCCCACCCAACCUUCACCACCUCGUCGCCGCCCGCGACAAACGGCGUCCACCCGGGCGAUGGCGACUCGAGCAGCACCGCCGGCUCAGAUGAGGCCAUCUUGGCACGGCUAGGGUACAAGCAGGAGUUCAGGCGAGAGUUUACAAACCUCAGUACCAUCUCGUUCGCAAUGAGUAUCAUGGGUGUCGCCUCCUCGGUAGUCACCACCUUCAACACCCCCUUCACCCUCGGCGGGCCCGCGAGUGUCGUCUGGUGCUGGUUCAUCGGCGCUUGCUUCAACUUCUGCCUGGGAACCUCGAUCGCUGAACUCGUCUCGGCCUACCCUACGAACGGCGGUCUCUACUCGGCCUCCGUCUACCUCGUCCCGAAGCGGCAACGCGCCUUUAUGGGCUGGUCCGUCGGAUGGCUCAACUUGCUCGGCCAGGUUGCCGGUGUUGCAUCCACGGAGUUUGGAUUGGCGCAGAUGAUCUUCGCUGCUGUCUCGCUCUCGACUGGAGGAAACUUUGUCGCCAACGAAUGGCAGACUUACCUCCUCUUCCUCGGCUUGCUCAUCAUCCACGGGAUCCUCAACUCCUUCGGCACGAGGAUGCUCGCGAGUAUGACCCGCACUUUCGUCUUCUUCAAUAUUGGAACCGUCAUUGCGGUCGUCAUCUCGCUUCUCGUCUGCACCAAGGAGAAGAACUCAGCCUCGUACACCUUUACGCACAAUAUCAACGGUUCAGGCUGGAGUUCUCAAGGCCUCACCUUCCUCCUCGGCCUGCUCUCCGUCCAAUGGACCAUGACCGACUACGACGCGACGUGCCACAUCUCGGAGGAAGUCAAGCGCGCGUCCGUCGCCGCACCCGCAGCCAUCUGGAUCGCCGUACUUGGAACGGGCGUCGCGGGGUGGAUCUAUAACAUCGUCUUCGUGCUUUGCUCGGGGAACUUGUCGGAUUUGGGAGAGUUGGGUGUGUCAGGGUACGCGCCGGCCGAGAUUCUGUGGAGGAAUGUGCCCGAGAAGUUGUUCUACGUCCUUUGGGCUUUCAUCUGCCUCAUCGCCUUCCAGGUCGUCGCAACCGCCACGCAUGCCAACGCCCGCUCCUUCUACGCUUUCUCCCGCGACAAAGGCAUGCCCGACCGCGGCUUCUUCCACAAACUCGCGCGCAACCAGAUUCCGAUCAAUGCAGUCUGGCUCGUCUUGUUCAUCUCCGCGUUGAUGGGUCUUCUGGUGUUUGCGUCUUACGUUGCGGUUAACGCUAUCUUUGCGCUCGCUGCGAUGGCUAUGGACACGUCAUACAUUAUCCCCAUCGUCGCGCGCAUGAUCUACCAGAACCACCCGGAGGUCAUGUUCAAGCCUGGUCCGUUCACGAUGGGCGACGGCUUCCUCGGUUGGGCCAUCCGUAUCGUUAGCGUCGCAUGGGUCAGCACAGUCGUCGUCAUCCUCGCACUCCCUACCAUCCGCCCCGUCAUCCCGACAAACAUGAACUACGCGUCCGUCGUCACCCUCGGCGUCGUAUUUAUCGCGACGCUGUGCUACCUCGGUAUUGGGAGGAAGAUUUAUCGCGGACCGAGGAACGUGUUGGCGGAGGAGGGGAUCACGCCCAAGGCGUUGACGGGAGAUGAUGAUCUCAAGGAGGUCAAGUAG